GCCAAAGAUAGGUUCAUGCAUUAUGAAGUUCAUCAUUGAUGUGUCUCUCAAGUAACACAUCAAUUCCAACAUGGAGGCAGAGGCAGUUACUGAACAAGUAAAGAAGAGUAGCCAGCAUUGUGCAGAGGAAAUCGGAACAACAGCAGAAGGAUCACCACACAUUGAAGAGCAGUUUGGAGGUGGAAGAUUGCUUGCAUGCAUUUCUUUUCGACCUGAACAAUGUGGCUGUGCUGAUGGUCUGUUGCGGAGUUGGAGAAACGAAAAGAAAACUUUACGAAAGAGGUUGAUUUUGUUUGUGUUGCUGUGGUAUGCUAUAAAUUUUAGCUGGAUGAAUGUUGCUUCAGAAUAUAAGAAAUGUUGCAACAAAAUUAUCGGAAAGCAUGAUCGAAUAUCAUAUUUCCAUAAGACCACACAAGAGAGUAGAGGCGAAGAAAUGAAAUUGGUGUGGGAGAUUGAAGAUGGUUUCAUUUAAAUUUUUAUUGAACUUCUUAUUAUUUAUGGUCAUGAUGUAUUAUUGUUCUUGAAUGAGCUUAUCUUUAACAUUUGGCUUUUGAUUAA